AUGUCGAACGCAAUGUAUAAUAAAAUGUGGCAUCAGACCCAAGAAGCCCUCAAUUCUUUGCUUGAUAAAGAGUCUCAGAACAUGAUGGAAUCACAAAGCAAUCAAGUUUUCAUCUUCCAAAUGUUGGCCACCUUCUACAUAAAAUACGUGCAGAUCUUCAGAAACCUGGAGGAUGUCUAUGACCAGAUUGUCCACCCGCAGAAGCGAAUAUUGAUCCGAAAAAUAUUGGAUGGAGUGAUGGGUCGCGUCCUGGAACUGAAGAAUGAAAUGGUGGAAUUGGAAUUAACGGAGUUUCAUUAUUUUGAUGACAUCCUACAGGAUCUAAAGUUGGCUCCUCAACAAUUAGAUAUUCCCAUUCCCAAGUAUUUUUUGAAGGAGAAGCUGGAAGUCAUCAAAGGAAGAGAGAAAAUCCUUGCUCAGAUAUUGGCCGACACUGGACUAGAUAUACCUGAAAAGAAAUACACCGUAAAGGGUAUCCCCCUAGAAGAGGCUGUUAAACUAAUCCAGAUCGCUGAGAGAGCACGGCAAGGUCGCCUAAGAGCGAUGUUCAUGAAGCAAAUCUUCCUCCAAGAAUACAGAGCAAAGCAAGCCAAGAUACUUGGCGAGAAAGUUGCUGACGUGGGAGCCGCCGCGCUGCAGAUUCAGAAGGUCUGGCGAGGUUUCCAUCAAUGUAAGAAAACCGAGAAACAGAGAGAGGAGGAGAUGAUAUUCCUGGGUAUGAAGCCACCUCCUCUGUUUAAUGAAGUCAGUGCUACAGUAAUCCAGGCUGAAAAGGUGAGCUCCCUAAGGAAUGAGGUCCAGAUAAAGCAUGAGGAGAACUACAAAGAAGCCUUGGUUACAAUCAAGGAUGACCUGAAAUUAAUAGAAGGUCUAGACAUCAAGGAGAACCUUCAAGAUCAGAUCCGGCAUUGGUUCAUCGAAUGCAGGAACUUAACCGGCACAUUUCCUGAAUACCCUAACGUGGAAGAAGGAGGGUCUGCCAUUAUCUUUUCCAACAAGACUCCACAACAGGUUACUGAGGAUAUUAUUGCAAACCAAGAAGAAGAGGAGAAAAACAAAAAGAAGAAUAAGAAGAAGGCCACGACAUCCAAGAAACCUAAAAAAGAAAAGGAAAAGAAAGGCACAAAAGAAAAAAACAAGGAAGAAGAUGAGGGCUGGAAAAUGUCACCAAGUGUCUUCCUUUCUAUGAUGGAGGAAGGAAAUAACGUGUACAAAGACCUGUGGAAGAAUAAAGACGAGUCAUGGAAUUUCCCCCAGGACUAUGACCCGGAACUGAUCAAACAGGAGAAACGGAAGGAACUGGAGUCGGAGAUCAGAGUGCAGGUGGAUGAGCUAAUGAGACAGGAACUAAAAAACUUGAAACUGGCUGUGGACAGAGAAAAGGAGCCUCCGGUCAAAGCAGCAAAGAAAAAAGGAGGUAAAAAGAAAGGGAAGAAAGGCAAAAAAGGGAAAAGAGGGAAGAAGGACAAAGAUCUGACAGCAGACAGGACCAUUGAGUCUCUGUAUAAGGAACUGGUGGAAGAAGGGUUGCUGAUCCAGGCUCUGAAAGUUAACCUCUCUGAUUACAUCGGAGAGUACAGUUACCUGGGGACCACGCUUCGCCAGGUAUCCAUAGAACCCAUGCCUUCCCUCCUGGAUGUGAGACAGCUCAUCGCCCUGUACGGGAUCUUGCCACUAGGUUCUGCAACGGUGCACGAGAAGGCUCCUUUGGUGAAAUCCCUGCUGCUGGCAGGGCCAUCGGGGGUAGGGAAGAAAAUGCUGGUCCACGCCAUCUGCACCGAAACGGGAGCCAACCUCUUCAACUUGUCGGCAGCUAACAUUGCGGGGAAGUACCCUGGCAAAAAUGGCUUGCAAAUGAUGCUGCAUGUGGUCAUCAAGGUGGCCCGGGAGCUCCAGCCCUCCGUGGUAUGGAUCGGAGACACAGAAAAAACCUUCUACAAGAAAGUCCCCAGUGCAGAAAGGAUGAUUGAGCCUAAACGCCUCAAAAAACAGCUUCCCAAAAUCCUGAGACUCCUGAAACCGGACGACAGGAUUCUGAUUGUGGGAACAACACAGCGCCCUUUCGAUGCUGAACUUCAAUCUUUUUGCAGAGUUUACCAAAAAAUUAUUUUGGUUCCCAGACCAGACUAUGCUUCCAGAUUGGUUUUGUGGAGACAGAUCAUUCAACGCAAUGGAGGCAUCAUUACCAAUGCCUUGAAUAUAAGUUCCCUGGCAAAGGUCACCGAUGGCUUCACCCAGGGACACAUAGUCGAGGUGGUUCAAGGUGUGCUCACAGACCGCAGAAUACGGCAGCAAACUUACAAACCGCUCACAGCUGCGGAGUUUGUUACAAUGUUAACCAGCAUGAGUCCCGUGUACCAGGAGGAAGAAGACAGCUUUAAGGACUGGUAUGCCAAAACCCCCAUGGGUAAAAAGCGAGCCUUGGCGCUAACGGGAGGGGACACUGAAAAAGAAAAGGAUAAAGGGAAAAAGAAGGAAAAGAAGGGGAAAAAGGAGAAGAAAAAGUAA